CUUUUCUCUCUAAAUCUCAUUUACUAAAACUCCCUUUUCUUUUUUUUUCUUAAAUCCCUCAAAUUCCAACUAGAUUUUACACCCCCCACAAACACAUAAAUUCAUAAAUCUAUAUAGAGAAGAGCUUCCAACCCUUUGGAAGCUCAAGGAAAAAAAAAAAAAAAUUAAAAAAAGGAAUAUUUCACAGUUACUGUUGUAUUGGGUGGCCCUUUGACUCCAACAAAAAAAAUUCUAUGUAAAAUUUUCCUUCCUUCUCACUAUAUAUAAAUAUAUUAUAAUCAAAGCCUACUCUUCCACCCCCUCUUGCUUCCUCCCUACCCCUUCCCCAAAAUAUUUUCUUUCUUAUUUUCUCUUUCUUUUUCUUUCUGUUUUUUUCUUUCUUUAUUUGUGGUGGUGGAGGAAACAAUAUACUUACAAUCAUGGAAGCAGCAGCAGCAGCAGCAGCAAUUGCAGCAGCUCAAGAGGAGGUGAUUCUAAUGGGGUCUAAAGAGCACACCCAUCUUAUUGCCAAAGGCAAAAGAACUAAACGCCAAAGGCCACAAUCUCCUAUUCCUUUUCCUACCACCACCAAUUCCUCCACCGGCGACGGCGGAGGAAGCGUCGGCGAUCCUGAAAAUACUAAUAAUAUCCUGACCAACACAAAAAACUCCAACAUCAACAAUUUUUCUCCUUCAUCAUCUUCUCCGGAGCCCGAACUAUUCCAAGAUAGCACUGAAGAAGAGGAAGACAUGGCUAAUUGCUUGAUCCUUCUUGCUCAAGGACAAUCCCGAGGUGCUACGACGAUGACGAUGUCGUCGUCGCCACCGAAACAACAACAACAACAACAAAUUAUUGCAAACAUGGCUGAUCAUGAAGGGAACAAUUACAAGUAUAACAGUCGGCGGUUCUUGGAAACCGGAAAAGGCGCUUCUUCUGGAUAUUAUGUUUAUGAAUGCAAGACUUGUAACCGAACUUUCCCUUCUUUUCAAGCUCUCGGUGGUCAUAGAGCCAGUCAUAAGAAACCUAGAGCUGCUGCCAUGGCUGAGGAGAAGAAGCUUUUCGGGUUGGUUUCCGAUGACGAAGAAAUGACAUCGUUCAAGAAUAACAACAACAAUAAUAAUAAUGUUUCGUCAGUGCUUUCUCUGCAACUGAGUCAUCAUAAUCAUCAUCAUCGGAGUUUGUAUGGAAAUCAUAACAAUAACAAUAACAACAGUAACAAGAACAAGGUUCAUGAGUGUUCGAUUUGUGGCACGGAGUUUACGUCCGGUCAAGCUCUGGGAGGCCAUAUGAGGCGGCACCGAGCUCCGGUGGGGACUAAUACAACCUUGUCUUUGACUCCAAUGGCGGUGGAACAUGUUGAUCAUCAUCACCAUCACAAUCAUCAACAACAGCAACAACAGCAACAACAACAACAACAACAACAACAACAACAGCAGCAACAACAACCCAAAAAGCCCAGAACCGUGCUGUCUUUGGAUUUGGAUCUUAAUCUUCCGGCGCCGGAAGAUGAUCACCGGGAACACAAAUUCUCAUUUGUCACCCAACAACAGCAACAGCAACAAAAGCAACAACAGCAGCAGCAACAACAGCAAUCGUCUAUGGUGUUCUCGGCUCCGGCUCUGGUGGAUUGCCAUUACUAAAAAAUAAAAAAGGUCAAGGAUUUUUUUUUAUAGUUAAUUAUGCAGGAUCGUCGAUUUAUGAUCUCCCCACGAUUGAUCACCAAAAAAACAACCCAAAAAAAAAAAAAAAAAAAGCUCAUUACUUUGAUGUGAAUUAUCAUAUCUUUUUGUUUUUUUCUUUUUUUUUUCUUUUUUAUAUACUUUUUACGCUGCAAAGUUUAAAAAGAUUCUUUUUAUUCUUUUAUUGAUCUUCUUCAGCAAAAUUAUUGUUACUAUUAAAAAAAUAUUCUUUGAUAAAGAAAUUUGUGUUUAUGAAAAAGUCUGAUAAUUCAUUGAAACUUGCAUGAUGGCUUUUUUUUUUCCUCCCCUACUUCUCUGUUGAUUUUAAUUUGUUGUUUUUCAGUGAAAGGAAAUGUGAAACUGGGCUGAAGGGCUUUUGGCCGUUUUGCUUUCAGAUUGUAUAUAGAAUUUCUUUGUUAUAUUUUAUCUAAUUUUAAGGGGAAAAAAAAAUUAAAUUUUGUAUAAUUUCCUUUGUUUCAAUUACAAGAAAGCCUGCUUCUCUAUCUCUCUGUCUAUGUUUCUCUUUCUUAUUCACAGUGACAA